UUUGUCCAUGGCAGAAAAAAAUAAUCAUAAGAAAAGAAAUGAGACUAUGAAGAAUCUUCUAAUAUUAAUCUAUUGAGGUUUAGUAAUUGCUCCAUUAUGAGCACAAGUUCUCCGGAGAAAAACCAGGAACAAGUAUGAUACUAUUUUCUAAAGCUCGAGGGCUGGAGAAGAAGGCAUUAUGCGUCCACUUGCAAGAGUAUCACAUAAUUUACAUUCAAAGCCAAGAGGAAAUUAUUCAUCAAUACUUUCUAGGUAUAGUUACGUCUUUGGAACUUCAAUCCUCAUCAUCACUGCUAUUAUAGUCUUGUUUAUCUCAUUAUUUUCGCCAUCAAUCAUAAAUCCUAUGCUUCAAAAUAAUCUUGACCAAAAAUUUACAUUCAUACCGUUUGACAGUACUACUACUACUUCUGUUUUGCCGUCUUUGAGUUCUUCACCGGAGCUGGUGAAUAGCUCUGACCAGACAAAUCAAAAGUUAACAUCUACUGUUUUGUUCAAAGAGAUAAUGAGCAACACUACGGAAACGAUUAGUCAUCUCAAAGUCGGGGAUUCCGUCACCGGAGAUAAAGCCGAUUCUAAUUUAACGUCGCCAAGUAGUUUUUCGAGCAAUACUAGUAGUAGAUCAGUUUCAAGAAAAAGAAGAAAAAAAUCUCAAAAGAAAACUAGCAGUGGAUCUAGAGCAAAUGAUGAGAUAAAGAAAAAAGAAAAUGGUGAUGAUUGCAAUAUUUUUGGUGGUGAAUGGGUAUGGGUUGACAACAGGAAACCGUACUAUCCUCCGGGUUCAUGUCCUUUUAUCGAACAAGGAAGUAACUUCAAUUGUUUCAAGAACGGGAAAACUGAUGAUGCAUAUCUGAAUUGGCAAUGGCAAUGGCAAUCUCAAGAAACUAAUCCACGGUGCAGUGACACUAUCCCAAGGGUUCUGAAUGCAACUGAUUUCCUUGAGAGAUUGAGAAGAAAAAAGGUGGUGGUUGCUGGGGAUUCUAUGAACCGCAAUAUGUUUUCGUCAUUAGCAUGUAUUCUUUGGAAUGCUGCUGCAGAUAAGAGCAAAGUUUUCCGGCUCUUUGAAGGAGGAUUGUUAGUGAGAUUUCAGGACUACAAUUGCACCGUAAGAUUUGUUUGGUCGGCUUUUCUGGUUUAUGAAACACAACCACAAAACAGCCGAACUCAGGAAAGUAUAUUAAAACAAGAACCGGAGACGCUGAGACUGGAUUUGAUCGACCCACACGCAUCAUUAUACUACCCUGAUGCUGAUAUUUUAGUGUUCGAUUCUUGGCACUGGUGGGUUGGACAUAAAGUUCACAAUGGGACAAACUACUUUCAAGAAGGUGAUUAUUUGCACCCACAAAUGGAUGUUCGUACAGCAUACAAGAAAGCUCUUACUACUUGGAGUAGAUGGAUUGAUAAAAACAUAGACCCCAACAAAACUCAAGUUAUUUUUCGAGAACAUUCAAUUAGUCAUUACACGGGAAGUAAAUGGAAUAAAGAUGGAAAAUGCGACAGACUGAAGGCACCGCUCACGAAUGACGAAACCUUCAUAGAAAAAAAUCCAUCAGAAGUGAAACAUACACAAGACACGAUACGGAGAAUGAAGACUCCCGUUAUAUAUUUGGACGUCGCUAAGCAGACCUACUACCGAGUAGACGCACAUCCUUCAACUUAUACGAGUUCUUCCAACAAGAAUAAUACAAAGAUGAAAGUAGAUUGCAGUCAUUGGUGCUUACCCGGUGUUCCUGAUACAUGGAAUGAGUUGUUGUAUAUUUCUCUCCUCAGAGCUGGUAAAGGGUCUUUUGCCAGGUGAAAGUGAAUAAGCUUAAGUCGUGUAAAACAACAUACACGGCAAUAUGUUGUACAUUUGGGGAACAAAUUCGCGUAAUAAAAAAGAAAAAAAAAAGGCUAAUUAAGGCGUGGAUUUAUCAUCAAUAUCAUGUUUUAAGAAAAAUCAACCAUCAUCGAGUCGUCGACAUCCAAUGUCUAAAUGAAUACACAAGAAUACAUUAGGGCAAUCCCUAUGGCAAUGUUCAAAUUCAUUAUUUUGUUGAGCUAGGUGGAUGGCCAAACUGAGUUUUCCACUGUGAUAAAGUAUUCGGCGGUUGACCGCCAAGCGCUAGAAGGAAGUGCAGACGCAUGCGUUUGUGGUACAAACGUUGGCGUCUGUAAGAGACACGCAGGUGUUUGAACCAAGGCCGCCAACAACUACUUUUAAACAGUCACCGGAACGGCUAGUUUCUACCUACAUAAAUAUGGUUC